AUGACCGGCACCGACGACAAUGAGAAGACGUCUGCUUCUCGCCCUCCUCCGCCACCCAACGAGGACUACCAUGGCGAAGAUAGUGAUGGCCAGGAGGAUGAUUCGUCACGCCGCCGCUAUCCAGAUGAGGACGAUGGCGAUGAUGGCGACGAUGACGACGUGUUUGGCGGGUUCGGCCCCCCUGGCGGCCUAUCAUCCACGCUCGCAGCCUUGACAGGCAUGAUGUCGGGCAUGAACGCCCGCCUGCGAGAUAUCCUGUCCAAUCUGCGUCAGAAGGAUGACCCAACGUUGCACCUGGUGGCGUUGAAUGAGCUGUCUGAGAUCCUUCUGAUCUCCAAUGAGGAUAACCUCCAGGGUCACUUCUCGACAGACUCUUUCGUCCGAGAGCUCGUCUCCCUAAUGAAGCCUGACGAAUUCACAGAAGCUAACCCUGAGACUAUGCUGCUAGCCUGCCGCUGUCUAGCCAAUCUGAUGGAGGCCCUGCCUUCCAGCGUGACUAACGUUGUCUACGCGGGUGCCGUGCCCGUCUUGUGUGAGAAAUUGAGGGACAUUCAAUUCAUUGACCUGGCUGAGCAGGCCCUGAGCACUCUCGAAAAGGUAUCCGCCGAGUAUCCUUCCUCCAUUGUGAAGGAGGGCGGCCUCGCCGCCUGUCUGGAGUAUCUCGACUUCUUCCCCAUCAGUACUCAGCGCACGGCCGUGACGACUGCUGCAAACUGUUGCCGUAACCUGCCACACGACUAUUUCAAUGUCGUCAAGGAUGCCGUGCGAAUUCUCCGAGACGUGCUCAAGAACAAUGAUCCGCGUGUCGUGGAGCAAGCCUCAAUCUGUGUCUCUCGCAUCGUCGAUACCUGGCGCCACACUCCCAGCAAGUUGGAAGCCCUGGUCAGCGAAGAUCUCCUCUCGUCUAUCUUGCGGCUCCUCAUGCCGGGCAGUACCAACCUCAUCGGACCCAGCAUCCACACCCAGUUCCUGCGCGUCUUAGCAUCCACGGCCAAGGCGAGUCCCCGGUUGUCCGUGGAGCUGAUGAAGAUGAAUGUGGUCGAGACACUAUACCAGGUGCUGACAGGCGUCUCUCCGCCUGAUGGGACUGAUGAUGUCGCUUCGAAGCUUGACAGCGUGCUCAUCAUGCAAGCACUCAUUCAUCGACCCAGGGAACAAAUCAUCGAGGCUCUCAAUGUUGUGUGUGAGCUCUUGCCUAAGCUUCCGGCCGGGGCGGCCGACCCGACCAAGGGCGGCUUCACAGAUCCCGCUGCCGGCGAAGGGAACAUCGGUUCAUCACCGCCACGCCGGAGGUCCUCAGACGAGAAGCGCGUUCAACUGCUGGAAGGUUGCAAGAAUGAAGUGCGACGCUUCGCGUUGAUCCUUUUCCCGACCCUCACAGACGCCUUCUCUAGCACCGUCAACGUUACUGUGCGUCAAAAGGUCCUGUUGGCUCAGCUUAAGAUGCUGUACAAUCUGGACGUCGACAUCCUCACGGAAGCCUUGGCGCCAGUGCCGUACGCAUCCUUCCUGGCGUCUAUUGUGUCUCAGAAAGAUGACCUUACACUGGUCGCAGCAGCCCUGGACGCUACCGAUCUCUUGAUGAGCAGACUCGGCAGUAUCUACCAAUACCAGCUCUACAGGGAAGGCGUCAUCACGGAAAUCGCCAGGUUGGCUAACGAGACAGAGUCUGAUGCCAAGACGGUUACGAGCGGAAUGCAGCGCUUGUCUCGACGCUCCUCGGCGGGAUCCGCGGACCAUUCAUCCUCGGGAGACUCUCUAGAUGGAGAUGAUGCUCACGAACAUGACGAUGAGGAUGAUGAAGAUGACGAUGAGCCAUCUCACCACUCCUCGGAUGGGGAGCGUGACGAGGACAAUGACGAUGAAGAGGACGAUGAGAGUGAGCACGGAGCGCCACCUCGGGCUCUAUCCGGGUCACCUGGCAGUUCUGGCGGCUCGACGAUGUCUAUUGACGCCCCGCCCCCGCCACCACCAUUCACCGAGAACCAGCUUCUGCGGUCCAGGAUUCACGCGUCGGCGAAGGAUUUUUUGGAGGACCAUGAGACGGAGAAGAAUGCCAAAUCCAUGAAGAAGAAGGCUGUCAAGAUUCUGAGCGACUUGUCUAAAUUGGCUGGCGACAUCGAGACCUUCUACCUCCGUCCGACUACCUCUCCUAGCGCUGCGAGCGGGACUGGCAAGAAGCUCUUCACGAAGUUGGCCAGCUAUUUUGACUCUGAUCUCUUCGAGAGCGCAACAAGUGCAGAGCUGCUGGACUCGGGCAUCGUCCGCAUCCUGGAGCAGGUGUUCAGCAACCCUGACGAAGACCUGGCAAUGGCAGCUCAGGCCGCCUUCAUCGAGGUGUUCAUGGGAUACACUGUCAAGUCCAAACCGAAGACGGCUACCGCCGAUUCCCCUGCUACCCCCUUCAGCAUGAUGGUACACAAGCUCCAGGACCUCCUCAGCCGCUCUGAGCACUUUGAGGUCUUCACAGUUUCGAGCAACUCCCACGGGGACAAUCACCGCAGCAACCCCGCAUCGAUGUUGGCCAAGCAGAUUCGUCUCAAGCUCACUGCUGAUGACGACUCCGACAUUCCACGCGUGUACAGGAAUAUCAUGGUGUCCAUUCAUGCGAUCGCGACCUUCAAGUCUCUAGAAGACUACCUACGACCUCGGAUCAGCUUGUCCGACCGUCCUCGACCCUCGAGAGGGGGUCGUGACGGUCUUUCCAGGGCACUGGCAGCAAUGGCAGGAGGAGCGUUCCCAUUCGGUGCAGGUCCUCCAGGUGGAUCCGCCCGCCUCCCUUCACGCCUCCCGCCACACAUGGGCGCUGCUACUCCCCCGCCCCUGGUGCCACCUGCGGCAUCAAGCUCUCGGUCUUCACGCAAAGCGAAGGCUCGGACCAACUCGACAGCUGACACGCCAAGCACCCCGGAAGCUGCCUCGUCUGCAUCUGCAGCUAAGGUUGUGUUGCGACGGUCAAGUCGACGUAAUGCUGUAGCGAACGACCCACCACAGCCAAGUCGCCCCCCGCCCGAAGAUGAGGAUGAUCUCGAGGACGCGCUCGAGUGUGCGGACGAGAAACACAUCGAAGAAGAUGAAGACUCGGGGGAUCACAGUGCUCUGGAUGCCAUUCUUGAUGAGGAGAUGGAUGAUGCUCCUACGCCAGACCCCUCCGCUGUCAAUCUCGAAGUUACCGGCAACAAAAUCACCGCACGAAAGGAAGAUGGUACCCGCGUCCCUACACCAUCCUCGAUCAGUGGUAGCAGCAGUUUGGCCCACCGCUCCAGCCUGCUUGCAAACGCUCUGAUGAACUCGCCUUCGGCUUCUUCAUCUCGGCCCAUGUCUUAUGCUGCUGCGAUCCAGUCCAUUCCCCAAGACUGGCACCUGGAGUUCAGUCACCAAGGCAAGGUUGUCGGCAACGAGACGACUAUUUACCGUGCUGUCCAGAAGAUGGGCUCCGGGGAUUUCUCCAUCCGCAAUGUCUGGGCACAGACGCACGAGAUCAAGAUCCGUCGCGUCUCGGGUCCGCCACCAGCUGAGGCGCUGUCCUCUGUUUCGACUUCAAGUGAUGAUCACGAGUCCAGUGACGGAAACGGACCUGCUUCCCUUGCCAAACACCCAACGACCGCCUCCAUUCUGCGACUGCUUAAAAUUCUGCACAACCUCAAUGCCAACAUCGACGAUGUGAUUGUCGAGAAUAAGGCUACCUUGAAACUGAAUAUUGAGCCCUUGUCGCAGUUCGUCAAUACCAAGCUUACAGCCAAACUCAAUCGACAGCUGGAGGAACCGUUGAUCGUCGCCAGCAACUGCUUGCCAAGCUGGAGCGAGGACCUGGCUCGUCUGUAUCCUUUCCUCUUCCCUUUCGAGACGAGACACCUGUUCUUGCAGUCGACCUCAUUCGGUUAUGCCCGGUCCAUGAAUCGUUGGCAAAACGCGCAGCCACAAGAUGACCCCCGUCGGGGCCGCGAUGACCGUCCGUUCCUGGGGCGCCUCCAGCGGCAGAAGGUGCGUAUCUCGCGUUCAAAGAUUCUCGAGUCGGCCCUGAAGGUUAUGGAUCUGUAUGGUAGCUCUCAGAGCAUCCUGGAGGUUGAAUAUUUUGAGGAGGUUGGCACUGGUCUCGGCCCCACCCUGGAAUUCUACUCUACGGUGUCCAAGGAGUUCGCGACCAAGAGGCUGAAGAUGUGGCGGGACGCCGAUGGCUCACACGCCGACCCCGAUGAGUAUGUAUCUGCGCCCAAUGGUCUCUUCCCUCGGCCUUACGGGGAGGAUGGGUUCUCGAGUACCAGCGGAGAGCGUAUUCUACAGCUCUUUAGAACCCUGGGCAAGUUUGUGGCGAGAUCAAUGAUCGAUUCUCGUAUCAUUGACAUCAACCUGAACCCCAUCUUCUUCCGUAUUGGAGACGAGUCCUCAGGCAUCAAGCCAUCACUGGGAGCUAUGAAGCUUGUUGACCCGGUACUCGCCCGUUCACUGGUCCUCGUCAAGAAGUUUGCGUUGGCCAAGAAGGAGAUCGCCGAAGACCCCAACCGCAACGCAACGCAAAAGGUCAAUGAUAUCCAGGAGAUCACCAUCGACCAUGGUGUCCGGAUUGAGGAUUUAUCUCUGGACUUCACUUUGCCUGGCUAUGCCGACAUCGAGCUCGUGCCGAACGGAUCACAAGUCAUGUUGACCAUUGACAAUGUCGAUCAGUACCUUGACCGGGUGAUCGACAUGACACUCGGGAGCGGUGUCCGGCGACAAGUGGAUGCUUUCCGCACUGGUUUCUCUCAGGUAUUCCCCUAUCAAGCCCUCAGCGCCUUUACUCCCGAGGAGUUGUGCACUCUUUUCGGCCGCGUUGACGAGGAUUGGUCACUUGCCACUCUUAUGGAUUCUGUCAAGGCAGACCACGGUUUCAACAUGGACAGCAAGAGCGUGCGAAACUUGCUGCAAACGAUGAGCGAGUUCAACCCACCACAACGACGAGACUUCCUCCAAUUCACCACCGGCAGUCCCAAGCUACCAAUUGGAGGUUUCAAGAGUCUGACGCCCAUGUUUACGGUUGUAUGCAAGCCCAGCGAGGGUCCUUACAGCUCGGACGACUAUCUGCCCAGUGUGAUGACCUGCGUCAAUUACCUGAAGCUGCCCGACUAUACGGACAUCAACGUUCUGAAGAAGCAGCUCUACACUGCCAUGAGAGAGGGCCAAGGUGCCUUCCACCUCUCAUGA